UCGGCGCUUCGCACGACUGACCGACUCUAGAAGAACCUCACACACCGCGACAACCUCUCUUCUCAAGUAUAUACUACAUUCACACCGUCCUUCUGCUGGGGUGCUUUCGGACUGGACCGAGCUCCUCGCUGAUUUCUCCUUUUCUGGUUCGGCAUCAAUGUUUGGCUGAAGGUAGACAGCUAGAUGUCGACUCAGCCGCAGAAUCCAUUACCCCAGGUCGGGAAGCUCGUCAGCGUUGUUCCCGUUGGAUUGAAGGAGGCGGCCCUCGACUCCCCCACAUUCCGUGCCACCACCGUCCAUUUUGCGGAUCAGAUCGAGUACCUGGAGAGAUGGCUCGAUGGCUACGCGAGGGCCACGACUAAGCUCACCACAGAGCUUGCGGCGUUAGAGAGUGCUGUGAGCAGUUUCACCGCGUAUUCCAUCAACCCCCUUACCACCUCCGAGGCGGUGAUCGACCAUGAUUAUACCCUGCUGGCGAUGAAAAGAUGUGGAGACUGCUCCAAGGAAUUAUGGAACGGCCUGAUCAGCACCAGCAAGAGACUCGACGCUGAAGUGGCUGAUCCUAUCAGGAAUUUCAUAAAUGGGGAACUGCGGAAUUUCAAGGAGACUCGACGUAUUCUCGAUCAGGCCCAGAAACACUACGAUUACCUUCAGUCGCGCUAUUCCGGACAAAAUAAAACAAAGGAGCCGUCGGCACUGAGGGAGGAUGCCUUCCAGCUCCACGAAUCCCGCAAGGCUUAUCUCAAGGCUUCGCUCGACUUUUCGGUGCAGGCCCCGCAGCUCCGCAAUGCCUUAGAUCGACUACUGGUGCGGGUGUCGUUUGAUCAGUGGCGAGAGCUCAAGAUCUUACACCUCAAUAACGGUGCAACUUUUGGAAAAUGGGGCCAAGAAAUGGACCGGAUCAAGGGCUGGAUCCACGAGAUGGAAGGGAGCGAAAGGUCAUCGCGGCGAGAGCUUCUCGCUGCCAGAAAGCAGAUAGAGGACUCGGCAGAGCUGGCAGCCAGACCGUCGCGAGAACUAGACGAUUAUUCCAUCUCCACAGUGCCCUACCUGGGCACUCGACCUCCAUCUAAUCUGGACAUGACAGGCGAAGUCCGGCCGGAGAAACAGGGAUGGCUGAAUCUACGGACUCUCGCGGGCAAACCAACGCGCACGACCUGGGUCCGGCGCUGGGCGUUCUUGAAGAAUGGAAUAUUCGGAUGUCUUGUUCAGGGGGCCAGGACUGGAGGUGUUGAAGAAAGUGAGAGAAUCGGUGUGUUGCUCUGCAGCAUCCGGCCGGCGUUCCAGGAGGAGCGUCGGUUCUGUUUCGAGGUGAAGACCAAAAAUAAUAGCAUCAUGCUGCAGGCGGAGACACAAAAAGAGCUCACAGAAUGGAUCGGCUCGUUCGAAGCAGCCAAGCAGAAGGCCCUGGAGAACCCCGCCAGCACGGAUCUCUCGAUCUCCGGGAAAGUCACCGUCCAAGAUCCAGCCUUUUCCAUUUCUCAGCCGCCGGCACCUGAGUUCGCCGCUGAUCCUGCGGACAGUCUUACACCGAACGCGCAUGAUGAAUCUGGCACCUCGGACCGCAAUGGCAUGCUUCCUCUUCCGGAGCGAGAGGGGUUGGCUAUACGCAAUAGCAGCGAUUUUGGGAGCUCCAGACGAUUGACUGGUACAGAACCGGAGAAGGAUCAUGCUUCCCGAAUAAUCCAGAAGCUCGACCUACAUCGCAAGUCGAAUUCUAAUUAUCAACCGUCACCAACCUCGCCGAGCGGUGGGAUCGCCAGUCUCAUCGCCGCCAGUCAUAACGUUCUGCCAAACAUUGGCUCUUGGCCAUUUAGUGGGCUUGAUGGAGAGACGGCAAGCAAAGGCCAUCCUCUGGCGGUUCUCGAAACCGCCCCAACGACUCUCGCACCGCCAACCCUAGCCAAUCCACCUGCCCCUACAAGUAUGAGCAAAGCCGCCGUCGUUGUGAGUUAUGAAAGAGGUAUUGGGCUCGGGCUCGCAGACAGCACUGGAGGAAUGCCUAGCGGCAUGAUGGCGAACCUGUGGGGUAGUUCCAACUGGGGGUUCUUGAACAAGCUGGAAUACGAAGCCGGGCAAGCCGACGUGAAAGAUCAAGCCGAUGAAGCCGAUCAAGCUUCUUCAUCGGUGCAGCAGCCGUCAUCUUCUUCCGAAAACUUGCCAAAGAAUGCUGUUUCUACUGACGUGAAACUUUCUGAGCCUCCCGCACCUCCCACACCUCCUCGACAACAGAUGUCUGGUCCUCGACACCGUCAAACGGUCAGUCUAGACAACAGCGCAGCCAAGAUCCAACGCGCCGCCAUAGGUGCAUCCCCUGAAUAUCCAGACUACUACCCCCCGCGGCUCAAAACCCAGGACUCCCAGUUUCGUCUGCUUUUCCCCAACGUUAAACGAGACGAACCUCUGGUCAUGGUGUUCCGAGCAACCUGGGGUCCGAAUGACCAGCAGGAGUUUCCCGGGCGCGCCUAUGUCACCAGCAAGAACGUGUUCUUCUACAGCCACUAUAAUGGCCUGGUGUUAACAACAAGCUGUCCAUUGAAGAAUAUCGCCGAGGUGACAGCUGCCCCUGGGCGGGACUGUGAUUUCCUGUUCCUGCACACCAAUCCGCCCAGCGGAACCGUUGCUCCCGGUCGCAUCACGAUCAAGACGUUCCUCGAGCCCCUCCGGCUCCUUCAAAAACGUCUUAACUUCAUGGUUCGGGAGUCAACAGCAAUCGAGCCGAUGUCUCUGGACUCCGUCUUCAAAGCUCUGCUCAAAAUGGAGUCGGAGGCACCCGUUCGAACCCCAAGUCUUGACAGCUGGGAGGACAUCUCGCUGCAUACUGCUGCGGACGCUAAUAACGCCGCCGGACCUUCCAGCCAAACGCAUGAUAUCCGGGUGCCGAUCUACAUUGAAAAGGAUCUGGAUCUAAUCGCCGGCAAAGAAGGCCGUGGUAAAGACGCGAUGAAGUUCCGGUUGCCAACUCAGCCAGUGGAGUAUGUGCCACAGGGCAAUCUUCACCUUGCUGCCGAGAAGAUCCUGGACAUCAGCCCUCGCGCACUCUUCCACGUUCUUUUCGGAGAUAAAAGUGCUGUGUGGCAGCUACUAUUGCAUGAACGAAGAGCGAAGGAUAUCACACAGGGGCCGUGGAUUCGUAACGAAUCUCGCCAUCUCAGGCGAGAUUUGCAAUAUUCGAUCGAGACAAGUGACUUGCUCGGUCGCUCACGAGACACGGCAGUCUCAGAUUAUCAAAUUAUCGAUGUUCUCAAUGAACAUCUUUGCUACGUGGUCACUGACAAACGGACUCCCUGGCACUUGCCCUUUAGGCGAUCCUUCAGGUUGGUGAGCAAGAUUGUGAUCACGUUCGUGUCCAAGUCGAAGAGUAAGCUCGCGAUCUAUACGAAAGUCGAGUGGCUACGCAGUCCCUACGUUCUUCAAAGAGUCGUCGACAAGCAAGCAGCGAACGACCUGGAACAAGACGCCUUGGACUUGGUUGACCUUGUCAGUGACCAGGCUCGAAGGCUAGGCGUCCACAGCCGGACCAAGAAAGCCAUUACGAUAUUUGGCCAUGUCGGACGUCAAACACAGACAUCACGAUUUACUGGCGCUGGUGUCAAUUUGAAGCUCGAGAAAGGGCGGUGUCGGACCCAACGAACGCUGGCCCGACUGGUGUUUGAGAUUUGCAUUUCGUUCCUGGAGAGUGCCAUUUCUUCGGUGAUGAUAUGGACGUUUGCGCUAUUGCGUUGGAUCUGGAAAACAGCGAACGCGAACCAGAUCAUUCUCUUGCUCUUGACCGCCAGCAUGGCCUUCAACGGCUUCUAUUCUCUGCGAGACACGUACGACUGGUGGCACGAGCGCAAUGCGGGGCGGUUUGUCUCCCGGAUGGGAAUCAGGCCGGACACCGUGAUGAGCAAAGCCAUUUAUGUGAGAGACAUCGACGAGGCGAUCACGAAUUCGACGAUCUGGCACCGGCAAGCAGACCACAACGCGACAGAUUGCUUCGCCACCUUCCAAGAGGAGCUGAGCCAGGAUCGAACAAACGCGUUCUCAUUGGCCGCCGCCUCAGGACCCCGGGACUUCAUGACCAAAGCGGCAACCAAGCGGUUCCAGCAGACCCGUGAACAGCUAGGCAUGUACCGACACGACCUGGUCGUGGCGCUGCGGGUCGUGAACAGCAUCGAACGGGAGGUGAUCCAGAGCGAAUGGGAACGCUGGUUGCGAGAGGAGAUGCGACGGUGCCGACAGGUCGAAACCCUCCUCAACCGAGAUGAGUUGGAGAGCGGCAGCGCGGAAGCCGGUCAUGAGAUCUUUGCAGAACACACCGACGGCGUCAGAGAAUGGUAUGAGAUGUAUUGCGCCAGUUGUCGGCGGGAACAGGAGCAUGUCGACCGAAGUCCUCCGAGUAACGUUUUCGAGAAAACCAGAGACUGAUUGGACAGACCGCCUGCUUUUCUUUUCGCUCUCUCUUUCCUUUCCUUUCUUUUCUUUCUUUCUUGUGCUCGGCCUCUGUUAAGUCUGAUAACGAUACCCGGCCCCGAUUGCAGCUUGUACAGGACUUAAUCCUGAAUA